CCCUCGGAGCCGGUGAUGGCCCCGACCGCGGAGCCGCCGGCCCCGCCGCCGCCGCGGCGCCCGCGCUCGGGCCCGCCCCCGGGGCUGAAGAACCUCGGCAACACCUGCUACCUCAACAGCGUGGUCCAGUGCCUCGCCUCCACCCCGCCCCUCGCCAACUUCUGCCUCUCCUCCCGCCACUCCAAUCUAUGCAAAAAGGUGUUCCCGAACAAGGACAAGGAGUGCCCAUUCUGCGUGCUCGAGUGGCAGGUUGCGCGGCUGCUCCGGGCGGAGGCAGGGGCGGUGGACUCGCCGGGGAAGAUCAUCCGCUGCCUGCCGCUCUUCGCCGAGCACUUCCGGCGGGGGCGCCAGGAGGACGCGCACGAGUUCCUGCGCUACGUCAUCGAUGCUUGCCACAUGGCUUGCCUCCGCAUACGCAAGCGCCUCCCUGCGGCAAGUGCCAACGGAGACUGUGGCCCGGAGGAGGGCCGGGGUCUGGGGGCCUGUAUGUUGAUGAGGGAGACAUUUGGCGGGGCGCUGCUCAGCCAGGUGAAGUGCCUCGUGUGCAAGGGGGAAUCAAACAAGACCGACGAGAUCAUGGACAUCAGCCUCGACCUGCUCGGGACCAGCUCUGUUGGUGAUGCCCUUGCCUGCUUCUUCCGGCCUGAGAUAUUGGAGGGUGCAAACAAGUACAGUUGCGAAAGAUGCAAGAAGCUCACCUCAGCGCGGAAGCAAAUGUUCAUAGUCAAAGCACCUAAGGUGCUUGUCAUACAACUAAAGAGGUUCGAGGGAAUAAAUGGUGGGAAGAUCAAUAGGAAUAUAGAGUUCAAGGAAGGCCUCGUUCUUUCCAACUUCAUGUAUAACAAAACUCAGGAUUCACAGCCGGUAUAUAAUCUUUUUGGCAGUAUUGUCCAUUCAGGGUUCUCCCCAGAUUCUGGUCACUACUAUGCAUAUGUUAAGGAUACUUUUGGUCGCUGGUAUUGUUGUAAUGAUUCUCAUGUCUCCCUCUCAAGCUCUCAGGAAGUUUUGUCUGAGAAGGUCUAUAUCCUAUUCUAUAUGCUGAGUUCCAAAACUCAAAAACAUAGUACAAAUGGUUACUCUUCUAGUGCAGUUAAAUCUUCCAACGCCAAUGGAAAUGGCUUAUCAAGUGCUACAUGUAGUGAGGCCCUGAAGCUACCAUUAGUGAAGUCGAACGGGACAUGCUCUACUAAAGGUAUUGCGCCGGUACCCCUGACCAAUGGCAAGAUUGCACCAGGUCUACAUAUCAAGCCUAUCCACUUGAAGAAUUCAGGAGCAGAAAAGGUUGCAUCAAAUGGCAAACAACACCUCGCUUUGAAAAAUAAGGCAGAAGUUAAUGGGGCUAUUACACCAGUGCAAUCAAAUGGUUGCGAGACUGAAAAAUCUGCAGAACCCAGUAAAACACAUGGUAAUGACAUUACUUGUGAUAAGAUGGACAUCGGUUCACAAAAAAUGUUGCAAGAUGCAGAUGGAAAUGGGCAUCCAGUUCAUUUCACUGACCUCCAAGAGACCAGUGGUGUUGUGGCCACAUGUGCUGAAAAGCCAUUUAGCGUUGUGUCCUCAACACUGGACAAGGAUAUUUGUACUCCGGAAAAUUCUAAAAGCUCAGUUUUACAGCAAGGAGUAUCUGCUGCAGUCAAAGAGGUGGCCACUUCAGUCAAGGAUAGUACAUGCGUAAAGCAUCAUCUUGAUGAAGGGAAGUUUAAGGAAAUGCUUGCUGAAUCAGCAUCUUCUGAGCUUCGGUCCUCUGUUUGGGCGGAUGAUGUCUGUAAUUUCAUGCGUUCUGCAAAGAGGCAGUGUAUACAAAAGACAGACACACCUGUAGAUAGUGAUGCAAUCAGAAAACAGUUAAUAAGUGAUUCUGGAAGAGUAUUUAGGUCAAAAAUUCCGGAGUUACUAAGGGAAGAUCUGAUUCAAUCCCUGAGAUCAUACUUUGAGGAGAAAUUUUGAUGGAUGCUUAAGCUUUUUGUGGAAGUUCUUUUAAAGGUGCCAGUGGAAUUCUGUUGGUCUACUACGAGCUCCUUGUGCGGCUUACUUUUGAAGCAAAUUUUGUUUUCCGAGAUGAGAUUGAGAAGUAGAGUGGCCAACUGACAUGUACAACCUGCCUUCUUUUUUUUGCUUCCGUUCUGUAUGCUAUAGGCUUGUAACCCCACAGGCUCGUUCUACCCCCUUCUGUUUCUACUAUGUAGCAGAUUAUUUCCUCCUUUUGUACAAUAUAAUAGCUGGUAGAUUAGAUCAUGAAUUUAUUGAGUUUUGACCUCUUUGACAAAUAAAAGUGCGGUGAUGGCAUAAAUUAUAAUCGGACAUUUUCAGCUA